UAAUCACAGUACAUUGAUCGCUCCAUCGAGCAAGAUCAUCACCAAUUUCACCAAAUCACCUGUACACCCCUUCGGGAAAUAGAUCAGCAAUCGAUAUCAACCCCCCUCUCGCUUCUAAUCGUGUUGUGGAUUAAUAUCUCUUAAUUGCUGGUGAUAAAGUAAACCCGUCUAAGAAUUGAACGAAAAGAUACAGAUACAGAUAUUAUAUAUAUAUACUGCGGCCAGUGUGCAUUCCGAGUUAGUUACAAAACGAUCGUGAUCGUGUUCAAAUAGUGCACCCGUGGUGCGGACAUAAGAACUUAUCGUGUAUCGAGGGCCCGUUGAAAAUCGCAAAGGAUAAUUCUGUUUUAGUUAGUGUUGUUCUAGUGUUGCUACAACAGCAAGUGAUUUCAUAUCCGAAGGAUUAUCAGAAGAAUUAAAAAAAAAAGGUACAAUGAUUUGGCUGAAAACGCUUUGUUUAGGGUUCCUGCUCUUUGGAUCAACAUUCGCCGAAGCUGAUAACUACGCAGCGAACCCUUUCUUGCAUGGUUUCGCAAAUGAUGUAAACGCCUUCAUCCAAGAUCAAGCCCGUUUGGCAGCAGUUGAUAGUGGUGCCGAGGCGAACCCCGAUCAUUCAGUUGCAAACCGAGCUAUCGAUGGUUAUGCAGCUCCAACUUACCUGCCACCAGUUGAACGUAAACUUAUCUGCAGCGGUGGACAAGUCUGUGUGAGCCCAUUCCUCUGCAAAGGUGGCUACUUCACAUCAGACUUGAGUUUCGCAAGACAAGAAUGUAUCCCAGACAGUGAAGUUUGCUGUACCUACCGUCCACCUCCACCACCACCACCACCAAAACCAACAACCCCACCAGCAGUCGCCUGUGUUGGCCGUUUCGAAGCUUGUGUUCCACCACAACAAUGUAUCGGAGGAGUUUGGCAAUCAAAUGGACUCUCAACACCCCCAUAUGCCCAAAAAUGUUACGUCCCAGAUGUUUGCUGCCGAAUUCCAGAUCCAGAAACCACCUCCCUCACUGACGAUGGAUACGUAGUUCGUGUUCCACAAAACCCACUUAUCGUUCCAUCUGUUCGUCCAUUCAUCCCCAGCACCAGUGCUCCAAUCUACUUGCCACCCACUCGUAUUCCGGUCAUCUCGGGCGAAGGUCAACUCUCAUUGCCAAUCAACCCACCACCAAAGAACACCAUCGAUGACCCAAUCGCCAACUUGCCAGUCACUUGUGCUGCUGCCCUUAACUGUACCGAAAUUGAAUAUUGUACUGCUAGCGGUGUCAUCUCAAAGACUCCAGUUGUUUUGACCAAAGAUCAAGAAAUCUUCCGAGUUCCAUUGACCGACUGUCAAGAUCCAGUUAAAGGAAUUGUUGGCAAGUGUUGUCGUGAUCCAGACUACGUUGAUCCAUGGCCAGUCAGCCAAUUGGGACAAUAUACCGAUCCAAAACUUUUCGGAGAUGAUGGACAGUACAGACCACUAGCCACCCAACAACGUCCACAAUUCGCUGCUCAAUUGGCUCCACAAAUCCCUCCAAAACCAGCCGCCCCAGCUCGUGAAAUUUACAGACCAGCCCCAGUCACCGCUGCACCUGUAUUCUCUGCCCAACUCAGUCCAGCCAUCUACCCAGCUCCAGCUACCUGUGGAGCUAGGAAUCCAAAUGCCGCCCCUACCGGUCCAGGACCAUACGAUGCUGCUUUCAGUGAAUUCCCAUGGCAAACUAUGAUCCUUCGUGAAGCCACCAAGACUAUCUUGUGCGGCGGUUUCAUCAUUGCUGAUGAUCUUGUUGGUACAUCUGCUUCAUGCAUCCAAGGACAACGGCCAUACGACAUUGUCAUCAAGGCCGGUGAAUGGAAACUUGGUCGUGACGAAGAACCACUCAACUUCCAAUUGGUCCGCGCCAACAAAAUCGACGUCCACCCAUCCAACGGAAUGGCUCUCAUCUACUUGGAACAAAAAUUGAAAUUCGCUCCACACAUCGCUCCGAUCUGCUUGGAUGCCAGCGACCCAACCCCAGCUGACAGCUGUGUUACCACUGGAUGGGGAAAACAAGCCAUCAGCAUUCACCUCCAAGACGCUAUCAUGCACCAAUCCCCAGUAUCAAUUGUAUCACCUGACCAAUGCUCAGCUCCAGGCAGUGGUUACAACUACGGACCAGCCAUCUGCGGUCGUCCACAAAUUGACGCAUGCGAACUUGAUGAAGGCAGUGCCUUGGCUUGUCUCAACCCACAAGGACAAUACGUCUUGAAGGGUAUCUUCUUGAACCCAGGUGCAUGCGGAGGCAACAGUCCCGCCAUCUCCUUCGGCAAACCCGAUAUCGCCUGGAUUAAGGGAAGCGCCCCAUCGACCGCCAACCAGAUCCGUCCAUUCACAAACGAAUACCUCCCUCCACGCCAUUAAAACAAGUUCGUGAAUUUUCCAUUCGUACAAAAGGAAAAUUCUUGUAGCUUGUAAUCUUUUUAAGAUUUCCUUAGAGAUACAUUUUUUUUACGGUAGUUACCAUAGGAGAGUGAGAGAGACUCAGGAAGCAGAGAAGUGUACUCAUCUCCCUGAGUCCCUCCUUCAUUGACUUUGAAAAUGUGACCACCACACUGCACCACAUACACCUACACCACUACUCAUAAUUUAAUUCCUCGUGUAAUUUUAAGAUUAUGAUUUCUCUUGAAGAAUGUACGGAUAUAUGACUCUUGAUUUGUUAUUUCUUUUUUAUUUUCCAUUUCUGUUUUCAUUUUUGUAAUUAUAUCUUUUUUUUUUUAAUUAGAACAAAAUACCUGCGUCUGUGUAAUGUUUAUAAUUUGCGUAGCGUUUAAGGAAUAAUAGAAAAUGUGAGAGUUAAAAAUUUUUGUAAACAGUUUCUGUUUUUGUAUUUAUCCCUAAGACUAUUUAAUUGUAUUCGUAAUAAAUUUUUAAAAACAAUG